AUGCUGGGGGGCAUGCGGCCCGUGGCCCAGGGGGCGCUGCAGGUGCACGGAGUCAGGCCCGAGGAGGCGCGGCGCCGCGACUGGGAAAAGCGCGUGGCCGAGCGGCGCCGCAGCAAGAGCCGCAGCCGCAGCCGCAGCCGCGGGCGGCGGCGCUACUCGAGCCGCAGUCCGAGCCGCAGCCGGAGCCGGGAGCGCGGCGGGGGCAGGGACAGGGACUGGGAGCGCCGCAGGAGCCGCAGCCGCUCGCCCCGGGGCGCCCGCAGGGGCCGCUCCCGCAGCAGGAGCCGCAGCCGGGGCCGCGACCGCGACCACGGGCGGCGCAGCAGCAGCCGCGACAGGGACCGCGGCCGCGACGGACGGGGCUCGUCCGGCGGCGGCGGCGGCGGCGGCGGCGGCGGCGGCGGCGGCGGCGCGCCGGCUUCCAAGGCCACGCCGACAUCGAGUAAGGCGGCGGCGGCGACGCCAGCGGCCAAGGAGACCCCUCAGGAGCGGCUCAAGCGCAUCAUGGCUGCGCAGAUAAACAAAGCCUUCCAGCGGGACUCCCUGGCGGCGGCGCAGAAGAAGAUGCAGGCUGAAAAGGAAAAGGCGGCGCGGGAGCAAAUGGCUCGCAGCGCGCACUCGCGCCGCUCGCCCUCGCCGGGCCGCAGGGAGGGGCGGCGCGAGAAGGGCGCGGCGCCUGCUGUCCUGGGGUCGGCUGGGGCCUCAGGCUCCUGGGUUUCCUUGCUACUGCCCCCUUCCCUGGUCUUUGCUGUGUACAAUCCUGGCGGCCUCUCUGUGCGCCGCCGCCGCGCGCUGCUGGCCGGCGCCCAGGUCGACGGCUUCGCGUCCGCCGCCGCCCCCGCCUCCAGCCAGGCGCGCGCAGCGACCCAGACCCGUGCCCAGGUCGUCGCCGACGCGAUAUACAACCGCCGCAGGGACGUUUCAGAUCAGGUAGACGCGCUGCCCUCCGACAGCCUGACCGUCGAGGUCCACACUACGCCCACGCCCCGCAAGGCGGAGCCCAACCUGCUGGCCAUCUCCCGCGAAUGGGACAACCUCGAGCAGUACACUCAGACAGACGAGGCGCUGCAGGCAUUCUCCUACCUAUUCCUGCAGCUCGGCCCCAGCCCCGUGAUGCGCGUCGGCGGGCGCAGCCAGGAGGUCCUGACGGCGGUGCCGCCGCUGUCGGCGUUUGUCGCGAUGCGCACGCUGCGGGACGCGGUGGGCAUGCGGUACAUCAUCGGGCUCCCCCUGGAACAGCGAAACGUCAAGCUGGCCAGGGACAUCAUGGCCACCGCCCAGAGCUACCUCGGAAACUCCAUCAUCGCCUUCGAGCUCGGCAACGAGCCGGCCAUAUGGGACAACAACGUGGGGGGCUGGGACGCCAGCGGCAAGUACGGCAAGGGCCUCGGAUUCUACAUGUCUCACUUCCACCGGACGGCCAGGAAGCUCAUCCCGGGCUGCGACGCGCGGGCCGCACCUCUGAGCGCGGCGGACCCCACCUCUUGGUGGCUCACGGCAGACAAUGAGAUCAUCCCAGAUCGGGUGCCUGGGGGCCCGGGGAAUCCAAACGGCACCCUGGGGCCCCAGCCCACAGUUCCCAGCCCCACCGCCCCCAGCAGCGGCGGCGCCGCCGGAAGAAAUGCUGGCAACGCCAGCAACGCGAUCAACGCAGCGGUGAAAGCGGCCAGAGCCGCCGCCAACGCGGCGGCUGUCGACUUUGCGGGGGACAAGGUCGCCUUCAACGCCCAGGGCCGGCUGGUGGCGGUGCCCGCAAACGCCCGCGUCGCGGUCAACGCGGCAGGCGCCGGCAGGAAGCUGCUGGCCAGGGAUGCUGCGGCGACCGCGUCAGCCAGCGACGCCGCGGCGCAGGGCGGCGCCCGCGCGGCGGCGCCCAACAAGCCGUACAUCAUGGGGCCGAGCUGGCACAGCCUGGGGCUGCCGCCGCUGAUGCUGAAGUCGAUGGGGCAGGCAGGCCAGUGCUACAUGAAAGAGGUGACCGUCCACUUUUACUCCCACCUGGGGGUGGGUGACGCUUCUGUUGACCAAAUAUUGGACGAGAACAAGCUCAGGGGCGCUGCGCAGAGGUUCAAGCAGCUCAAGGACGCCGCCGCGCAGGGCGGGGUGGCGCUGCGCGUGUCGGAGACCAAUAGCGCUGUCAACGGCGGCGCCGCGGGCGUGUCCGAGGUGCUGGGGGCGGCGCUGUGGACCGCGGACACCACCUUUGAGUUCGCCAGGGCGGGCGCCACGGGCGUGCACAUGCACUGGGGCGUCGGCGGCACGACCCAAGGCGGCGGGCCCGCGUACACGGGCGUCCAGACCAACUUCAAGGGCGGAAACCCCAACCGCCCAUACCCGUCGGUGCACGCUCCCUGGUAUGGCUACCUCCUGUACCUGACGGCGACCCGCGGCGAUGAUGUGUACUUCACCAACAACUUCCGCCAGGAGACCCCUGGUGCCUGCAGCCGCGCCGUCAAGGUGUGGUCCCUUGUGGGCUACGACCCGGGGCAAGGCAUGGGCAUGGGCUCCCAGCCUCCUGGCCGCAGCAUCCGCAUCGCCCUCCUCAACAAGAACAGCGACCGCGGCUGCACCGUCGAGCUGCGCGUGCGCGGCGCCAACCCGGGUGCCAAAGCGCAGCUCAGGUGGCUGAAGAGCCUCGGGGGCAUCGCCUCCACCUACGGCAUGACGUGGGCCGGCCAGACGUUCGGAGGGUCGGACUUUGGGCUGCCCUUAAACUACCCCGACGUGCCAGAGAUUACCCCGACUGGGUCCUCGGACGGCGUCGUCUCAUACUCAGUGAACGUCGGGGCCGGCAGGGCGGUGCUCUUCACGUCCAUCCUCAGCCCAUCAUGA